AUGAAAGUGAUCUCGUUUAUAAUGCAGUUUGCCUUCCUCAGCACCAGUGCUACAAUCGGUGCCUUCAGAAAUGACGCUGCUCCACUUUCUCCUCCACCAAACUCCACCCUCGAUUAUCUGGAUCGAACCCUGGGUGGACUUGAUCGAGCCUUUGCCUUUUUUCGACACGUCUACCAAGACGUUAACCUUGACGCUAUCAUCGGCACCAGGAUCGUGGAAGCAUCAUUAAACGUUCUACUGCAGCGACUGGCAGGCAAGGGAGUCCUCUCCAGCAUCCCCGGAUCCGUUAUCUCCAGAAUCAAACAAAUACGAGACGAGGCCAAGCAAAUCAGUGACGCGGCCAUACCUUACAUCAUCCAGAACCAGCCGGAGUACUACGCUA